CUAGAGUAGCGCCUUAGACAUUGUCUUGGCUUUGUAACUUUGAUUUAGUUGCAUGAGUAAAUAGAACGUGUGAAAUUCAGAAAGUAGUUGUCAACGAAAUGGCCAGUACACUGUCUCUCCGACCGGCUGGGAGAGAUGACGCCAACUAUAAGUUACAUUUCCGAAUGAUAAACGAGCAACAAGUGGAGGACAUCUGCAUUGACUUCUUCUAUAAGCCUCACACCAUCACAUUACUUACAGUCACUGUACUCAGCCUCAUGUACUUUGCUUUUACCAGGGAUGAUGAGCAUUCAGACAACAACCUCAGAGUUGGUCUCAUAGUGGUUGUCUCCUUUUUCUUAGUCAUCAGUGUCCUCGCUUUUCCCAAUGGUCCCUUUACGAGGCCACACCCUGCAAUAUGGCGUAUGGUGUUUGGCCUCAGUGUGCUCUACUUCCUGUUUCUUGUGUUUCUCAUUUUCCUCAACUGGGAGCAAGUGAAGACACUUAUGUACUGGCUGGAUCCAAAUCUGCGUUAUGCCACACGGGAAGCUGACAUCAUGGAAUAUGCUGUGAAUUGUUCAGUGAUAACAUGGGAGCGCAUCAUGAGCCACUUUGAUAUCUUUGCAUUCGGUCACUUUGGUGGCUGGGCCAUGAAGGCUCUGCUCAUUCGCAGCUACGGCCUCUGUUGGACCAUUAGCAUCACCUGGGAACUCACUGAGCUCUUCUUCAUGCAUCUUCUGCCAAACUUUGCGGAGUGCUGGUGGGAUCAGGUGAUACUAGACAUCCUGUUGUGUAACGGAGGAGGCAUUUGGCUGGGGAUGACUGUCUGCCGGUUUUUAGAAAUAAGGACCUACCGCUGGGCUAGCAUCAAGGAAAUCCACUCCACUACAGGGAAGAUAAAGCGAGCAGUGCUCCAGUUUACCCCUGCGAGUUGGACUUAUGUGCGCUGGUUUGACCCAAAGUCCUCCUUCCAGAGGCUGGCAGGAAUCUACCUCUUCAUGAUCCUGUGGCAGCUGACAGAGUUGAACACGUUCUUCCUCAAGCACAUCUUCGUCUUCCAGGCAUCCCAUCCUCUCAGUUGGUGUCGAAUUCUUCUCAUUGGAGUCAUCACUGCACCCACUGUACGACAAUAUUAUGCAUACCUGACAGACACUCAGUGUAAACGAGUUGGCACACAAUGUUGGGUGUUUGGGGCCAUUGCUUUCCUUGAGGCUCUUGCUUGUGUGAAAUUCGGUCAUGACUUAUUCUCCAAAACACAGAUCCGCUAUGUCCUCCUCUGGCUACUCUGUCUGGCACUCAUCACUCUUCUCUGCCUGAAUGGGAUGGUCUGGUAUGAGCAAAAUAAAAUGAAGGGUGUUUCUCCACAAACUGAAGACAGCAGUGCUGUUGACUCAUGUGGUUUCAUCCCAGAUGGCGUUGCAGCUGAGAAGGAGUCUUCAAGAAAGUUACAACCAGUUAAACGGAGGAAAGGCUCUGGGAGGAACAAGUUCGUGGAUGGCCAAGGAGGAAAAAGCGAGUAAAGGGCAAUACAGGUGCUGACUUUUGUUAUAGCGCUUGAGAUUGGUUUUGGCCUUAGUAUCUCAAGACCAAAUUUUAAAGGCCUCAUCUUAUCUCAUUCUCGACUCACUCUUGUCUCAGUUUCAGACAAGGACACCUCAGGUUUCAAGACCACAAGUGUGAGGAUUUCACUAAACUAUUUGUGCAUUGUCUGCUUUGUAUGUUAACAUCAUUACUCUGAUUUGACACAAUACUUCUGCUUCAGAUGAAAAUGGUAAUUACAUUUUUUGGCAUUUUUGGAGAUGAAGCUAAGUCUGUCUGGCAUAGAGAUAUGGGCCAAAUAAUUUUCUGUCAUGGAACAAAAAAAACAAAGAAUAAGAGAGAACAAAGAGUUCAUCUGACCCACCCUCCAACACACACUUUCCUUGGAAGUCAUGCACCUUAAACCUUAAAUGAUUAUUUUUUUGUGUUAUGGUCAUAAAAUUGAUUUGGCCUUAUCAUGCCAUAUAAUUUUCUUGUGUGACUAAUGUAUUUGUAAGACUGUUGCCAUAAUGCCCUGCAGCAUUCAAUAUAUGUGUCUGUGAAAGAUGAAUGUGCUCUUCAUUUUGAAACAGUAAAGUGGCCUUAUUUUGUUAGUAAAAAGUAAACCAGCUAAGCUUGAACAUCAACAUGGUGACCUCAAGAGCACCCUAAAUCCUUUUUCUUAACCUUGCUGCACUUAAUAAUGUUUGCACUGGUAAAUAUGUCUAAUACAAGGCAUUGUAGAGUUAUCAUAGUGGUCCAGUUCUAAAACCAGUUUACACCACAAAACUCAAUGUGCAUGAUGUCACUGCAUUUAACACAUAACUUAGGGGCAGAGUUAAUCUUAAAUGCUGUGUAACAUAAUUUUGUCCAGAUCAUGGUCCAGAGUCAGAUAGAUAGAUAGAUAGAUGGAUGGAUGGGAAGGACUUUAUUAUCCCAAACUGGGAAAUUACAGUGUAGCAGCAGUAUGACAUACUAUAAUAAUAGAGUACCACAGCAAACAUGAGUAAAAAACAAAUACCACACAAGAGCAAACACUAUACAUUAUAAAUUAGAAGUAUAAAAAGAUCUGGAGAGAAUCUGGAAAAUAACUGUAAUGUGCUGAAAUAGAACUGUAAGAUGCAAAACAAGUUGAAAUAUUCAACUAUAUUAGCUUACUAAGCUAACAGCUAAUUGGUGAGCUAAUGGCUUGUGUUGUCGACACUGACUAAUAUCAUUAUAUCCACGGGUAGGCACAUUUUUAACUAACAGUGUUAAAUUCGAGCUUAGUACUGAU